CAACUGGCCACCGGCCGCCGCCACACGACUGCGGAAGGUAAGGUGGCUGUGCCCGUGGCGCCGUCCUGUCCUUCAUCACCUGUCGUCAUGAAGCGUGAUUUGCGCCUCCGCGUCCCGGAAACAACGUAGGCGGCUACCAGGCUCACGGCGGAUGUUGACAAAGGCGGAUUAACGAGUUUUCGGGGCGGUGGAUGGACAACAUUUGUGACGGAGCCGGUUUCGAGUGUUUUCUGGUUCGGAUACUGGGCUAACGCUAGCUUAGACAGGAACGACACCGAACCUUCAAUAAGACUUCAGGCCCAUUAAAGGACUUGAAGCUCAACUGCAGGAGUGGUACUUUGAUGCGCGACGCGUCUGUCAAGUGUUUGUAAAGAUUGUAAAGCCAGUAGUGGUCCAACAGGGACGUUGCUGGGCACCAUGGGGACCCAAGGACCCGGCAGAAAGAGGCUGCCGAACCUGGACAAGCUGACAGCAGAGGACGAUGCUCUCCAAAAGAUUGCCCGGGAGGCGGAAGUAAGAUUAGCAGCGAGGCGAGCGGCAAGGGCGGAGGCCAGAGAGAUUCGAAUGAAGGACCUGGAGAGGCAACACAAAGAGAAGUAUUAUGGUGUGGAUUAUAAAUGGGGUCACAUUGAACAGUGGAUGGAGGAAGGCGAGCGCUAUUCUCGCCACUCACGGAGAAUCGCUUCGCUCUCAGAUGAUGAAGAGCGGAUGUCUGUGGGUAGUCGAGGCAGUCUGAAGCCUUCAGAUUACAGCUCUUUUCUUGGUUCUUGCUCUCGGGCAUCCUCCAGAGCUAGUUCAGCUCGUGCAAGCCCUGUGGUGGAAGAGAGACUGGACAGAGAUUUUCUGGAUAAGGGAUCUAGGACAGCGCUGAACCUUUCUGCAGCCACUCUAUCUUCACUUGGUGGGGCCUCUUCUCGUAGAGGAAGCUGUGAUACCUCGGUCUCCAUUGAGAUGGAGGCGUCAAUGAGGGAGAUGAAGGACUCUGUGGCAGAGGCUGAGGAAAAGUAUCGCAGAGCGAUGGUUUCAAACGCUCAGCUGCACAACGACAAGUCAACUUUAAUGUACCAGGUGGAAACGCUACGGGAGGAACUGAGCGACAUGGAGGAGCUGCUCUGGGAGGCGCGACGCCACUCUGAUGAGUGUACCAAAGCAUACGAGCGUGAGCGAGAGUGUCACAUUGUCCUUCAGUUCCAGUUUAAAGAGAUGGAAGAGACUAUGAAACGCAGCGAAGAACUGCUGAUGGAAGUGUCACAGUUACAAGCGCAAACUCACGCUUACUCUCAGGACGUGUCUGACUUGCAGGAAGCUCUGCAGUGGAAGGAAAAGAAGAUUGCAGCAUUAGAGCGUCAGAAGGAAAUCUCUGACAUCAUUCAGAUUGAGCGUGACCAACUGAGAGUUGAGGUGUCCAGCCUUCGAGAUGUUUUGAAGCAGAAAUACGGGGAAGUCAUUUCUCCUGAGGUCGCAACUAAUGGAGGGCUGAGAUCGGAAGAUGCUGAGGAUGAGUUUGACAACAGCUUUGCUUCCCGAUUGGCAGUGGAAGCUCCAGGGAGCAGAGAGAGCAUGUUGGAACUGCGGCUUAAGAAGCUCAUUGAAGAAAGAGAGAGUUUCCAGGAUCAGGUCAGAAUGCUCAGAAAACAACUACUUCUGAGCCAAAGAAAUGGAUCUGAUGGGAGUCAGAAUCGUGAGGAAAACCGUCUAGAAAAUGGCACGGACUCUUAUGUGAUGGACACCCAGAGAGAUGCAAACAGACAAAUUAGCGAGCUGAAGUUCAAGCUGGUGAAAUCUGAACAAGAAGUUAACACUUUGGAACAGAGCAUCAUCCGGCUGGAAGGUCAGGUAACGCGAUACAGGACAGCAUCGGAGACCGCAGAGUUGGUCGAGGAUGAGCUGAAGGUCGAGAAGAGAAAACUACAGAGAGAAUUACGCUCAGCCCUGGACCGAAUUCAGGAGCUUGAGUCCACCAACGGUCUCCUUGCCAAACGGCUGGAGAAAAUGAAGGCCACCCGCAGCGUUCUUCAGAGCCAGCAGUGACCCCUAUUUGCCCAAAAGGAGCCUACCUCGCCCCGGAAAGGACUUCAUUGUUUGCGGAGCAUGACUCCUGAACAACUGUCUGGGUUUGAAACCUUGUGGAAUCUUUUCUGCUGCACCAUGACUCACAGUCAGUUCUGAUGGUUAACGGACGCUUGAUUUUAUCCUUCAUGCAGGACUGUUUGGGUGGGUGUUGUGUGACCGGGUAUUGUGGGGGUCUCUGGAAUGUGUUGUGCUGUCCUGAGACUCCACCCACCUGCUCUGACAGGUGGUCAAAAAAACACAACAUCUUCUGCCUCAUCAACUCCGACAUAGGUCUGUGUAAUAAGUUGUUUGAGCAUUUACUCAAUCUCAGUUUAAGGUCCUUGUACUGUAUGAGAAAUCUCUUUAUUUCCACUGGUAAAUUGGACAAUUUAGCUCACUAGUAAAAUGGCUAUCUUACUAUUAUAACUCAUAACAAUAACAGAAUGGAAUGACCAAGAGAAUAGUCACAUUUGUUUGUGCUGACUUCCUCUAUAGUAGGGGUGUCCAAAGUUUUUUGCCUCGAGGGCCGCUUUCCACUUUAUCUUAAUUUAUUGACUGCGAUAGACGUUCAAUCCAUUUUGACUAGGAGGGCUGACAGCAAUCGUUUGAUUCUUGACAGCUCCUAGUUGUCAAAUUGAAGAGAAACAUGAUCACUCAAUGCCAGCCUUCCAAGUUGAAAUGGAUUUAAUGUUUCUAACUGUCAAUCGCAUUGAAUGAAUGCUGCAAGCAACAAAAUAAUCCAAAGGUGUAAGGAUAUUAUAUAUAUGCGUGUGUAUGUGUAUAUACAUAUACAUCUAUAGACAUAUAUAUAUAUAUAUAUAUAU